AUGCAAUUCCGCCAAACCCUCACCCUCCUCACCCUCCUCACCUCCACCCAGGCCAUCCAAGUAACCUACGACCCAGGCUACGACAACGCCUCCCACUCCCUCGACGCCGUCGCCUGUUCCAACGGGGAAAACGGACUUGAAACCCGUUUCCCAGCAUACAAAGUACAAGGCGAUCUCCCCACGUUCGCACGCAUCGGUGGCGCCUCCACGAUCGCCGGCUGGAACUCUCCUAAUUGUGGCACUUGCUAUAGUUUAUCAUAUCAGGGAGUUACGAUCAAUAUUUUGGCCAUUGAUCAUGCGGAUAUCGGGUUCAAUAUUGCGGAGAGCGCGAUGAAUACGUUGACGAAGGGGAGAGCGGUCGAGUUGGGGAAUGUGGAUGCGGAGUGGACGCUUUUGACGCCCGAGCAAUGUGGGUUGCCGACUGGUGGUGGGGGUGCGUGUCGUAUUUAG